AUGACGACGACCGCCUGGAGUCCGUGGACGCUGGUGCUCCCCUUCCUUCCCUCGACUGCAACAGCGCUCCUUCAGAACGAAGAUGCUCGCCAGCGACUGCGGGCAACACUCACCCGAGUGACCCAAGUGUACUCGAAGCUUCUGCUGCGCUGGGUCGUCCGUGCUGCUCAAGUCGGGGCUGGACUCUCACUCCUCUUUGCAACAGCCUCGCUGCUCUACGCCCUGCUCUACUACCUCGUGAUCCCGUCCCGGUUCCAUGACCAGGACGUCUUUUUCAACUACGGACAGCGCCAUAGAGCGAUCACGCAGCUGUCGGAUGGCUACACUGUCCCCAGUGCGUCGAUGAACUUGCACGACCCAGUGCAUCAAUGGCAGUCACUGGUCGAGACCUCGGAGACUGCAGCGGUGUUCGUCCCUGGAGUCAAGUAUGACGUGAUCGUGGAACUGACGCUCCCCGAGUCGCGCGUGAACGCUGAAGUCGGAGUCUUUAUGGUGACCACGUCGUUGUGGGAUGCCAAGAAGGAGCGACGGCUCGCGAAGAGCGCUCGACCGCUCAUGAUGCUCGGCUUGCCGGCACCGGUGCGAUGGCUGAGGCUUGGGUGGUGGCUCGUGCCGUACGCGUUGGGCGUCACGGAACCAGUGCAGACACUUCGACUGACGGCGAUCAACGGAUACGUGGAAAACGCCGAGUUCCCGGUGACUCGCGUUGACAUUGAGCUGAACACGCCCCAGGUGCAGGUGUAUGCAGCAAAGCUCACGGUCAUUGCACAGCUCACGGGGGUGCGCUACUUGAUGUACCAUUGGGCAGUGCCGACGGCCGUUCUGUUCAUCCUGAACAUUGCGUUCGUGGAAAUGCUGGUGCUGGUGAUCCUGUAUGCAGUAUAUGUCCUCCCCCAGCUGGACGAAGGAGGGGAUGCUACUGUGCUGGAAGCGGCAGCUGCUGAUACUGCUGUGCUGGAAGCUGCUGCCACGGAUGCACGCGACAAGGCGAAACAGUUGUUUGAGACGCGGACGUCAGCGAACGCUGACGCGGAGACUGAUCCUCGUGUGAAGAGCGAGGUGCUUAUCGGUGAGAUGCCGUUUAUGGAGGAAAGCAUGAAAGAGGCAUUGGCAGGCACUACUCCAGAUGUCAAAGAGGAGGUGAUGGUUGUGGAAAAAGAGCAGGUGGACGGUUCGUCUUAA